AUGACCUAUCCCAUGAGCUCAAGACAUGCUUGCUAUAUCUUGGUGCAUAUCCUGAAGACUGUAAUUUGGAUUAAUGUUUUGGUGAGAAAAUGGAUAGCCGAAGGAUUUGUUAGGGAAAGGCAUGGUUUAGAUCUGGAGGAAGCUGCUGAAAAUUGUUUGAACGAACUCAUCAACAGAAGUAUGAUCGAACCAUGCUUCAAUGCUCAUGGUGAGGUGCAGGCAUGUCAAGUUCAUGACCUAAUGCUUGAUCUUAUUAUAUCCAAGUGCAAAAAGGAAAACUUCAUUACUAUAAUUGAUAGGAACUUCACCAUGAUUGGAGCACUGGAAGUUCGUCGGAUCAGCCAUCAGUUUCAUAACAGAGACAUAGCCCUGGUAUUUGAGAGGAUGAGUCAAUCACAAGUUCGGUCAUAUAACUUCUUCCCUGCAGCUGACUGCAUGCCUCCGCUUUCGAAGUUUGAGCUCUUGAGAGUUUUGGACAUGGACCAGCUGGACUCAUAUAGAUAUAUGCGACCAGAAUCUACGUGCCUUGAUUUAUCUUCUAUAAAUCACCUUUUUCUGCUGAGGUAUCUGAGAGUCGCGGGCUUUCGUUUGGUGCUGCCAAAGAAGUUUGGGAAACUGAAACAUUUGAUGACUCUAGAUAUUGAAUCCACAAUAUUGUGCCCCAUGGACCAAUUCUCAGAUUUUACUUCCUUGUCAUCUUUAAGGCAUCUCACUCUUCCAAAACGAGUUGGAAAUCUAGUGCGGAUAAAUGGGCUUAGCAAGCUGUGCAACCUACGCACACUGAUCUAUUUUUGCAUCGGGACUAGUAAUUCGUAG